GUCCUUUUGAAGAAGCAACUAGAUAUCUUGAUGGUAGUAACUAUGCUACUUACAGUAUAAUAAAUCUUUUAUUAUCUGAAAUUGUUAAAAUGCUUAAACCUAUAUUCUUAACAAAUAAAACAAAUAAAACAAAUGAGAUAAAUAUUGAAAAAAUCGAAGAUAUUUUUGUGGAACUUGAUGAACAAGAUACAGACAAACAAAAAAAAUAG